AUUCGCCAAACAGACAGCACCCCGUCCCAGACCUCAGCAGUUAGUUUCAACAAUAUGAACACCACAACUGUGAAGACGGCCCUCAUGAUGCUCGUGCUGUGUUCAGGAUUUCUUCACUUUACAUUUGCAUCUCAACGUCUACGAUCCUUUCGCAUUUUUGAAAAUGAAGAAAUUUGGAGUAAUUCAUUCACCACAUGUAAAAGCAUAAAUGCAUCACUGGUUACUCUGUAUGAUGAAGAGGACGCCAGAUUCACAGCAAAUUUCACAGAACAAGCCAAAGACGCAGAGGGACGGCCCAACGUCUGGCUCGGUCUGCAUAAUCGAAGUUUCAGUCAGUCAAAUGGAGGCUCUGCCAGUUUGAAGCAAAGAUGUGGAGCCAUUCAUAACAACAACCUGGAAUGUUUUGAUUGCAGAACAAAUAUAUCCUUGAGCUCGUCCAUCCAGAGUAUUAAUGACGCUCUUGCUCCUUUAAAUAAGACCUGGUGUCAGGCUCUUAAAUACUGCAGUCAAAACCACACUGACUUCAACAGCAGCGGGGCUGUUGACACCAGCUUUUGGAUCGCACUCGAUACAUGGGAAUGGCAGGACAACGGCUGCUCUUCAUUCAGAAAAUGGGUGAAGACUGGAGAUAACGCUGGAGAAUGCACACUUGUGGACAUUAAUGACACUGUAGGAAUAUAUAAAUAUGGUUGUUAUAGUACAGCAAAGCCUUUCUGUGCCAGCGGUACUGUGAGGAUCAAAGUCAUUCAAAAUCCUUUAACUUGGGUGGAGGCAUAUGAUUACUGUAAGGAAAAUCACUACCGCCUGCUGUGGAUCAGAGAUGAAUACGACCAGUGGGCUGUUGAACAAUGGCUUAAUUACACCGCUGAAGAGGGUGACUUCUGGAUUGGUCUGCGACAAAGUCGGGUCUUUGGAUUCUGGAUUUGGACCAGUGAUACGACAGUGGGGUUCUCCAAAUGGAAGGAUGGCAAAACACCUCAGCAGUCCAUGUUUGACCACUGUGGGGCCUUUAACAACAAGGACUGGGACUGGAAUCAUUUCAACUGUUCAAAAACGCUUCCUUUUCUUUGUGAGGAGAACAUUGAAUACAUCAAGUAAUAGUUAUCAAGCUUUGCUCAUGAGAACAGAUUCUAAUGUAGAGGUAAUCAAGAGCUGAUUAUUGUGGUGAAAGACAGCGACAUUACCCUCUGCUUAAAUUUAGCAUGGGUUCUUCAUGGCUUCAGGUUUUCCCUUGAUCGCUAAAACGUUAUUCUGACGUUUGAAAGGUUUUAUACUUGACAUUUCACAUGCAAGUGUUUAUAAAAAGCAUUGUUCUUUCUAUUGUUGUUGCUGAUACAUUAAUUUGUGUAACAGUUGUUAAUAUUGUUAUCGGUGUUUUUGUUGUUAGGAUCACUUAUUCUAAAGAAAAGGACUUAUAUGUAUGCAUUUGAUUCGAUAGUGAUGUAAUCUCAUGGAAAAAGUGAGAACACAUAUAUAUCUGGAUUUUCUUUUUUUUUUCUACAUUAAGGUUUGUAAUGUGUGACCACUUCCCCUGUUGAUAUUUGUGAAGUUACUCACUCUGUCCCACUGUGUCAUCUCAACCAAUCCAGUCAAUAUUUUCGGAUAAUAAAACCCAUCUGUUUAUAUGUUUGUAUGUAAUCCCACCACAUUUCCUGAUCCAUUCAAAAUUGAGAGACAAUUUUUGUAUUUUAUAUAUAUAGCUUCAAACUAAAUCUAAAUAUUUUAUGUUGGACUCUUUUGGUUGAAAUUGCAUUUUGAUACACUUAUGUGUAUUAGAAGAUGGGUGCUGUGUAUUUGCUUCUAGAUACUCUGCUUGUAUGCCUUUAUGCAUAUAUUAUUGAAAUAAACUACUGGAAAUUCA